CAAAACAUAUUGGGCUGAAGAAUUUGUCCACAAAUUGAUCUUCUGCAAAUUAGGGUUUCCACUUUUCAUUUUGUUCUCGCAUUCCACAAAGCACAAUGAAGAAGAACGAGGGAGUCAACGCGAGAAUGAGAAGGAGGAAGAACUAUUCCGGCAAUGUGAAAUCCGAUAAAAGUCAUUACAACCCUGCUCUCAUAAAGAAGCAAAAAGAAUUCUAUAAGAAUGCGAAGAAUAUAAAGAAGUUUAAGAAGAUGUUAAAGCAGCAAACGGAGCAAACCGAUCCUUCCUCGGCACAGAAACUGAUGAUCGAGAACGAUGGAGCUGUGAUGAAAGAGAAUAAGGGCGAGAGUGAGAAGAGGAGGAAUGGUUUGGAAGAAUUGUACAGAAAGAAGCAUGAAGAGAAAGAGAGAGAAAGAAUGGAAAGAGAGGCAGCUUUGAUGGCUAAGAAGGAAGAGAGAGAAGAGGCCCAAGCCAGAAGAAAAGCUCUGCGUGACAAAAUGCUUAAGAAAACCAGAAAAGGGCAACCUCUUAUGAAAUACAGAAUUCAGCAUCUUUUGGAUACUAUUCAAGUCUCAACUCAAAUCAAACCAUCCAAAUCUCCUUGAUUCAAAUUAUAUAACAAUACCGAUAGUUGUUGAUUGUGCAAAUUUAAAAUCUUUGUAUUCAAAUUGUUUUCAGUACUUUGCUGACCAUUGUAAACAUUGUUCUGUUCAAAGUUAAUUAUCUUUGUUGAUGACAUAGAAUAUUAUGAGUUAUU